UACCUCGCUAGCUCGUUCCAAAAGAAUCCCUACAGUUCACACGCAGCUCACGCCAUGGUCGCCGGGCACCGGACGCUGCUGCUCCUCCUGGCCGCCGCGCUGCUGGCGGCGGUAUUCGCCGUGGCCGUGGCGGAGGAGGCGAAGCCGACCAUCCUGACACCCGUGGCGCAGACCCCCGUUGGGUCCUUCGAGGGUGACAAGCCGGGUGCGGACGACGCCAUGGACGACGAAGACGCCGCGCCCGUCGGAGCACCCAUCGGCACCACCAUGACCGAGCCCAAGCCCGAGCUCACCACCCCACCCGGCGGCGCAGGGGAGGGCACGCCGGCUGCCAGCGCCGCCUCUUCCCUCGCAGCCCUGGCUGGCUUUGGCGGUGCUGUGAUCGCUGCCGCCGGCGUCCUGUCAUUCUGAGCUCCAAGGGAGAUCGAUUGAUUAUUUCGUUCCGUCUGGGGCCGCCGGCAACGGCGAACCCCAGGUCUACCUCUCUAGUAUAUAUCUAAGCACACUGACAUGCACAUCGUAUAUCCAUGUUUGAUAGCAACUGCAAAUGCACUUGUAAAUUCUGAGGUGUAAUAUGUAACGUGUGCACACACUGAUGCUAAUCUCUUGUGCAACAUUUUAUUUCUAAUGCUGAUCUCUUGUAAAACAUUCUAUUCCUAA